CUCUGAAGAUGUUCGUACAACCUUGUUAACGGACUUAAAUGGCCUCGAUUUCAUGUCAGCAGGUAAAAUAGUACCUAUCAAGAAACAUUAUCCCAAUGUCAUCUCAAAAUUUUUUGAAAUUUGGUGUGGAGUUUGAGGGGAGUGGUCAGCUCUUCACCUUUGAGUGUCCAGCUGUGUACGAUGAUAUUAUUUACAAGGUUUCGCAGCAGUUUGGUAUACCUCAAUCCGAAACCUCCAACUACUGUUUUCGUAAAACAGAACACUCGGGUACAAUUGAAUAUUAUACGACUGAAGAGAACUGUCGUAUUAGGACUGGAGAUGUUGUUCAACUAGUUGAAAUUCCAAGUAGAGCAGUGGAGAAGUUUAUUUCAAAUUUGAAUCAAGCAUUGGAUUGUUUAGUUGAUAAUAGGAAUACUACUACUAAUACAUUUAUUAAUAGUAAUUGUAACCCAUUACAUCAUUUGUAUGGACCAUUUAAGCAAUUACUGAUGGAAUUAGCCAUUGUUUUGCAAUGUAAACAAUUUAACAGAGAUUUUGUUAAAUGUGAAGGUCAUCGUAAACUCUUCCAACUUGUUGAAUGCAUUGAUAAACUGGAUAAAAAGUUUCAUGAUGAAAUUUGGUCAUAUCUCUUAUCCUGUCUAAUUGAAUUAUCCAAUUAUGCUAUAACUAAUCGAUUUACUGUUAGUAAUAAUGCUCUUAAUAACGAUAAUAAUAAUAAUAACAAUAAUAUAAAGUUAUAUCCUCAUGAAGUUUGUUUUACACAAGAAAAUAAUGAUUCUAAAACGUAUUUAUCUGAAGAAACGUUAAUUCAACAAGAUGAAAAUAUUAACCAAAUCCAGUACUCAUCAACAAUUCUACCAAUGAAGAAUGUUUAUGGAAUAGAAGAGUUUUUCAGUUGGCAAUUAGUAUCAGAUGGAUUUUUAUCUGUGGUUAGUUUGUGAUUUACUUAUUUGAUUGAUUGAUUGAUUUUUAAUUAUUGUUUAUAGUGAUAAUAUUUUUCUUAAUGAUAAGCAUUAUUUUGAAUUGAUUUAAAGAGUAUACUUAUCUUCAUUAAUUCAAUGAAGUUGUACACUCAAUUAAAUAUUUACAUCUUAGGGUUGUCACUAUGUUUAUUAUGACAAUUAGAUAACUGUAAAUUUGAAAUCGGUAUCAUUAAAUUCUGAAAGCAAUCGACUUUGUUUGUGUUCUUUUUAUCUGGAUUCAUCAGUAGUAAUAGUUUCGUUUACGGUAUCAUGCGAUUUUGACCAUUCUGUGAACGGAUGAAUGGUAUAAUAGUAAAUAAUUAGUGUUGGGAAUUGGAAAGCAUCAGUUUUCUGACAUCAUUUCUCACAUCACUCAAUAUAAUCUUAUUCUUCAAUAACCCACAUUCCUUCAAUGUCAUAUUCCAAGUGUAACUUAGUGUAUUUAUUUCAAUUCCGUAGAAAUAACCGAUAAGGCAUACAUUGUCUACCAAUGAUGUAUUCAUUGUAAACACUCUUUCAUGUAAAUAUGAUUCAAUGUUUCUGUAUUGAUGUGUAUGUUAUAUUUAUAUUAUUUAUAUUUAUUUGCUUAUUAUGUGAUAUUCCAAGUAAUUGACAACUCUUAGUGAAUUUUCAGUUGUAUAAUAUGAAAUUAGAACAACACAUAUAAGUGAAUGACAUUGUAUUCGAUUGGAUCAUCAUCAGGCUUUACUCCAAUAUACGGUAAUAUUUAUAUACAUAUACGAAAUUAUUAAACCAAUCAAGGCAGUUUAUGAGUCAAUGAUAACAGUGGAAUAGAUCACAUAAAUAAACAUAAUAAGUAAAAAGUAUAAAUUGAUGAUGAGACGAUAGUGUACUAAUUGUGAUAAGAACAAUCAACGCUUGAAUCAAUGUUUCAUAAUGGGAAUUAAGUCAACGGUGUGAAAAAUAUGGAUGUUGGAAUAACAUUCAUAAAAACUCUAAGAUUAUGUAAUAAGAACUAUUCAGACAAUUGAACAAUGAAGCGUAUAUUUAGGAAAAAGUAGAUGGGAGGGGGUCAAGGAAAAUUAACGAAGAGAGUAUGGAAUAAUAAUAGUAAAUGAAAUCUUUUAUCAAGGCUAAUUCGACCAAGGAAGAAAGAAAGAUGUUACAGAUUUCUUGUAAAUACAAAGACUUGGGUUGUUAGCUCGAAUUCAUAUGGCUUCUGCUGUGUAAGAGAGGAGGUCGAACCCCAUAAGGAAAACUAGUAAAAGUAUGACACAUCACUUUAAAUGAUCUACUUUUAACUACUGCAUGACGGUUACCGAUCAAGUGUCAUAGAAACAGAUCUGCGUAUUGCUUUGACGAUACUUUUUUCUAGCCACGAAUGGAGGUGUUCACUAACUCCUUGGUUCAUUUGUCUGCUAGUGCACCUAAUAUAGCUUUCUCCACAGGAGCAGCUGAAUUUGUAGAUACAUAUAGAUUUGGCAGGACCAGGCAACUUAUCCUUUAGUUAAGCAAUCACCAUAGACCGGGUUGAGAACUAUAGACAUUAGUUAGCUGCAUUAAAUGUUCUCUUCUUUGCUCUAGUCUGUCUAUCCCGUAGCACAUCACCAGCUAUAUCUCGAUUAAAUCGCAUCUCCAGGAAGAAAGGUUUUUUGUUUAUCAAUAUUCAAAACACUACAUUGAAGCUCACGUAAAUGCUUCUUUAUUAGGUUUUACCUUAUAAUUAUUUCAUAAACUGAGUAUAUUCAGAUGGCCAUAACACCAUCUGUUUAACACAAACAUCUUUCAGUCUUAGUGGUUUCCAUGAGAUUCAAUUAAUUUUUAUAGUUUCAUAAUAAAUCUUGUUGAAAUUCUUCAAGAUUGCUGGUAUCAUAAUGAAUAUUUUUUUUUUCAAACAGAUUCGCAAAUGAUAUCAAAUUCGAAUUGUGUUAAGUUAUUUAACUGGAAUAAAAUACCAAAGUUUUUAAUACAAACUCUAACUGCUUGGAUGCUGCCUGAAUCCUUAAUAGAGUGUCUAAUCCCAUUAACUCUUGAAAAUUCGUAUUAACAGGUGUUCUAUAGUUUACUUAAAAUAUUUUUUUAAAUAUUUUCUAAUCAUUAUGUCUUCUCAUUUCAUGAGAUCGUUAACGUAUAACAAAAUCAAAUGGUAUCAUAUGAUUGAAAGGUCCGUUUGAGUCGAUUGAAAAGAAACUUGGGCUUUAGAAAAUAUGUUGUAAUAAUUUCCAGUUAAAAAGUACGUGAUAGAUACUGAAAGAUGAAUAGUAGCUGGCAGUGGAAUUCAGGACGCGCGUUUCAUCCUAUUUAGAACACCUCAGCUGAAUGUACUUGCACCCUAGAGUUGAUGUUCACUCCGGUGUUACAUACUACUUAUAUCUGUUAGCAUAAGUAGCAUGCACCGCAGAACCACUAAGAAUUAAUAAGAUAAACUUGUACAAUUUAGUUCUAUUCAACUUGAACCAUUUACUGAUAAUUCAGUUAGUUCUUUUUGUUCAUAAUAACAGAUCAAUAUUAAUUUCUGGAAAUACAUCCAUGUAUGUACAUAAAUGUGUGUGUGUGUGUGCAAAACUGUACGAAUCACUUACAUUAUAUGUGAUAUGACAGCUGUUCAACUAAUUAUUGACUAUAUUGAAAAAUAGACGAAAAAGACACCUGUUCAUUAUUCGUUUGUCUAUUCAGUAGCUUAAAUGUCCGUCUACUUAUCUGUCUAUCUAUCUACUUAUCUAAAACACUGUCAACUACCAAUUACAACAUUAGAACUGGUGUCAUUCAUUUACCAUCCACAUAGUUUCUCUAAAUCCCCGGUCUUAUUGAAUAUCAUUUACAGAGAUUUUAUAUUCAUUUCUCAUUGAAACAAUAAUAAUAAUAAUAUUAAUAUUAAUAUUAAUAUUAAUAAUAAUAAUAAGGUUGUUCAUUAUAAGCCUUAUAUCAAUCUAAUCUGUAAAAUUUAAUCUCAAUAAAAUAACAACCAUCAUCAAUAAUUAUGUUCCCUCCCCCCCCGAAAAAAAUUGAUUAUGAAUAUCUUUUUGUUUUAAUUUAUUUUUUGUUUCUUGUGUAUUCAGUUUUAUUUAAUAAAUUUCCAUUUUUAGAUAAUUGAACAUUGUAGGAAAGAAACUAAUUUAGAGUGUCUGCUAAAUGAAAUGAAGUUAUUAUUAAAAAUAAUUACAGACUAUCCUGUACAUAUUCAAUAUGUUACUAAACAAACGGAACAAGGAUUUGUAUUGGAUUUAUUAAAAAUAAUUCAAUCAAACAUUGUUGGUUAUAAAUCUACUGUGAAUUAUAAUUCAAUCCGUUUGCAAACAUUACGAUGUGAAAUUCAAAAUCUUAUUAUGCAAUUUUUAUAUGUUAUAUUUUAUUAUGGGAAACAACAAGGUCAUUUGAUAUGCUUAAUACAUCAGUUUUUUGAAAAUAUACAAUUUACUGAAUGGAUUCCAGAAUUACGCGAUCGUUCACUUUGGGAAUUAAUAAUCAAUUCAUAUUAUCGAAAGAAAUAUCAUUUUGAUUAUUCAAUGAUGGAAACAUUUAGCUCAUGUUUACCAUCAUCUGAUGAUAAUUCUGAAAAUACUGUGGUGUUAAAUUUUUUAAAAGAUUUUUCAAAUUUUCUUGAAAAUGAUGCAUUAUGUAAAACAGAAUGCUUCCAGAGUAAUAAUGACAAUAAUAAUAUGAAUAUUUACAGUCCCAGUAUUGAUAAUGUUGAACAAGAACCACAUCAACGUAUAUUAUCACACCGAUUGAGUAAUAAUAGCAGUACUACUAAUACUACUAAUAAUGGUUAUAACAUUAAACAAUCCAGUAUCCAAUUACUAAUUUCAGUAUGUCGAGUACAACAACUAAUUAAUAGUUUAUUAUUAACCAGAAUGAAAACGCCAUUGGCUCGUACAUCCGAAGAAACCGUUGAAAAAAUGAAACAACUAUGUUCAGCAGUGUAUUUUGAUAAGUAUACAAUUAAUCCAACUGAACAAUGUAUUGAAGAAGCGUGUAUUAAACUAGGUUUCAAGAUACCAACUGAUCCAUAUGCUGAUUUUGAAAAACCACCAGGUACACUUGGAUUUCAAUGUAUUUAUAAUUAUACAAUGAAAAAUAGAAAUAAAGUUAUUGAUAUGCUUAAUUAUGCUUACCCAUGUCAAAAAAAUUCCUAUCUAACCAAUAACACCACUAAUAAUCAUUGUAAAUUGUAUCAUUUAUCAGAACUCAAUAUAUUAUCUUCUUUGAAUGUGAAUAACAAUAAUGAUAAUAAUAAUGUGAAUGAAAUUAGUAGUAAGUCGUCACAACAACGUGUUCAACGUCAUUUUUCCACUGUUGAUUCAAAUUCUAUUCAAAAUAUAUUACAUACUACUCAUUUACAUGAUGAUAGUAUACAAAAUCAACGUAAUAAUUUUAUCGGACGACGAUUUACACUGGAUUCAUUAAUAACAACAUCUAAUUUAUCACAAUCAUUUAAACCAAUGAAAGAGUAUUAUAGUCAUAAUAGUUUUUCAUGUAAUUAUUCCAUUUCAUCAUCUUCUUCGACAAUUUCAUCAUUGAUUGAUAAGAAGCCAUUAUUUCCAAUUAUUGAAGCUGCUAAUGCUGUGACAAGUAUGCUGUGUGAACUGCUUACAACUAAUGAUACAAGUCAUGAACCAAAUAUUAUCAUAGAACAAGAUGAUAAGGAUUUUUAUCUUUCAUCGCCGUUAUAUCCAAUUUUACUUAUUAAAUCAAAUAAUAAUACUAAUCAUUAUCAAAGUAAUUUAUCAUCAUUUGAAGAUAUAUUCGAUUGUGUUUUUUCAAAAUUUUUCUCUUCCUGGACUCAAAUGAAAGCUGUUCCAGAAGAUUUGAUUGCAGUAGGUCUUCACUUAUUUACUGUUGGUUUUUCACCGUUUCUAUGUGUAUUUUUAAGUUUUAUUGAUCUAAAACAGCUCAAAGGAUAUUCAGUAUUUCUGUCAGUUUACGAUAUACAGAGAUCCUUUUGUAUACAGAAGUAAUUUCUGAAUUUUGUUUUGAUUAAUUCUGUCUGGUUUGAAUUUUGUGAAGACAUGCACCUGAUUGGAAUGAAACGGCUAUCCAGUGCUUCCAGGUUUUCAAUGAUAUAUAUUUAUAUAUAAAAGGUAGUUUUCUACUUGAUGAAUGUAAGAAAGAUAAAUAAAAGAAUGAGUAUGUUCCAAAAAAUAACUUACAAAAUAAGUUGAGAUGAUGAUGUUAGUGCCAUAAUGAAUUAGGGACUUAGAUGUACUUUUGUGAUCAGCUGAUCUGACUCAGAUUUGGAUGAACGUAUGAAUAUGCCAUGAACAUAAAUCUUCCAUUUAUCUCCGUAUUCUGUAGUGUCGGUUGCUAUUCAAGUCCGCAUAGCUUAUUCUAGCUUCUAGACAGGCCAAUUUAUUCAUUCUUCUUGAGUCAUAUUUUGACCUUGUUAAUUAUUCGCUUGUCAACUUGACUGUUUUUAUAUAAGCAUAUGUGCAUUUCUUAUCUUACUCAUCACAUGUCCGUAACUUAUUUUUGUCUCACUAAAAUCUGAGAACCAUAUAGUAAAUAGUUGCUUUGUAAAAUAUCAAUCCAUCGUCUCAAACUUGACUGUUUCCUUUUGUAAAUAUCAGUCCAUUGCCUCAGAUUUCAUUGUUCAUGCAUUUUCAUACCAAUUGCGUUUUGUUCCCGUUCUUUCCUUAUCGACCUUCUACUGAAAUACAUUCUAUGCCUGACCACCGUUCUAUACUGCUUAUGUGGAUAUAAGUAACCCACACCACAAUAGUACCAGACACUAUAGUACCACUUUUGAACUUAAAAAGUAGACUUUGUUAACACAUGUUCAUCUAUUCUUUUUCCCUUUUUUGUUUGCCAAAUUUUCAUAGCUAUCUUUUCUAUAUGUUUUUUUUCAUUCUUAUAACUGUUUGACUAUUACUUGAAUUGAAAUUCUUCUGGUUCACUUUUGGUAUUUUUGUUACUGACCCACCAUUUUCCUAUUUUGCUAUAUAGACUACUAUGUGUAAAAGUAACUAAGACUAAAAAUGGUACGACUUUAGUAAAUGACAAUGUCAAAAAAGAAAAUUUCUUCGUUGAACUCUCGUUGAUUUGUCUAGUAACACAAUACUUUUCUUUUGUUCCAAUGUUCUUAUACUAAUGUUAUAUAUACAAAUAUAGAAAAGAUUGUUUAUUGUAAGUAGCAAUGUUAACUGGACACUUUUUCAAGAAAGGAAUGAAAAUGCAUACACUUAAUGGAUUACAACAAAUCAAGACGUUAAGUAUGUAUUAUUAUACGUUCUUAUACCCUGAAUAUGAAAUACAAUUUGAUGAAUAUUAUCGGUGUAAGUGUUCGUGAAGUUUGCCGAAUUUCAUAGUUUACGUCACGAACUAACCUUAUUUAGCCAACGACUGAGAACCGAGAAGCAUAUGCCACGAGACCAAAAGAUCCUAUGCUCGAUUCCCAGUAGAGUUUUAGAUGCUCGUUGCUGUGGUGUCUCAUCCUAGCACGAAACAGCUAUCCGUUGCCCCCUGAUUUUGAAUGAUUGUCAAACUAAAUCAGUCUGUGUAGUAAACUAUUUACCAGUGUUAGUUUUGGAUUAGAUAGCUCUUCGAAAGAGAAUCGGUUUUGAAACAGAAAUACAUACCAAUAAAUAUUUUCAUAGACCUUAUUUGCCAAAUAAGAAAGUCAUUAAAAUACUUUUCUCAAGUUUAUAUUCAGUAUCAUCCUUAAGAUUGUUUUUGGCGUCUCAUAUGAUCAACUCUCAGUAUUUAAUUCCAUCAUAAAAUUGACGAAUGACAUAAACAUCAUUUCAGUUUCCAUUCAUACAUGCAUGGUGUAACAAUUAUGGGAGUAGAUUUUAUUUAGCAUGUCUACCUAUAUUUUCAGUUAGUCUGUUUAUCUAUCUUAAUGGAUAUUUGUUUGCGUGUAUUGUGAUAGACGAUGCUAAUCGAUCUGCGAUCCAAGUUAUAAAAAGAGUUAUUUACACCCACUCAUCAUACUCUUGUUGACGUUGUGUACAGACAUAAUACAUCUAGACAUGUGAAUUUAUCUGAGAGACAAAAACAGUAUUCAAAGUACGAUGGGUAACUAGUUUAAAUAUGUUGACUUUUGAUUUUGCUUGUAAAAUGAUGGUAAACACGUUUAUUCGAGAUUAGAUAAUAAACAAAGUAGGUGAAUAUUUUAUGCGUGGUACGAGAGCAGAUAAAUCGUAUUUUCAAAACCAUUCCUAUUUCACUUGAAGAAUUUGAAAAUUCUCUGAUAAAAUUUAAUCCAUAUGAUGUACCAUCUAUGUGGUCGAAACGGGAGAAUCGUCUACGUGUAGAUAUGUUACAUAAUCACCCGGCAUUAAUGGUGCAAAAAAUAGGCCGAUAAUUUCACAGUUGUGUACUUAACUGAAUGAUUAGUUCCUUGGUGAAUAUCGGGAUGUUUUAUUGUAAAGGUGUUGUAACCUGUGGAUUCAACGAAGUAGGAAUCACGGAACCCAUUCAGUGAUGUCGAUAUUUCAUGAGAUAGCACACACGAGGUUGAAAAUCAGAUGAAGUGAGGAAUGUGAAAUAAUGUGUCCCGGUUUAACUAGGUCAAUAACAUCGUGUUCGACGUUUGUUAUUAUGCCAGUAUCUUUCAUGUCCGACUUCAGUUUGUCGUAUGUUAAUUCAUUUACUAAGAGAUAUAAAUUCAACUGCUAUUAAUCAUGCUCACUUACACAUACUAACAGAACACUUUAGUCGUACUUCCAUAUAUAGAAUACAUAACAUUUAUAUAAGUUAUUUUGUUAUUACUCAAUAAAAAGAGCACAACACAUUGAUCUCAUUUACUUUUCUUUGUUUUAAAAGAACUGAACAUUUGUAAAACUGUUACUUUGUUCGUUGGAUUACCUAUCAAAAACAUAUCUAUUGAUUAAUACAUCACAUUGAGUAUAAACGUUAUACGCUGAGUGUGAAAUACUCUGGAUUAAUUGUUUUCAUAUAGAUUUUUUGCAGAGAAAUUAUUUGACGUUAUUAUUAUAAUCACAAGUGCGGAACUUCCUACCAUUUGCUUCCAACCACUAACUUUCAUCAAAACGUGUAAUCCUUACUACAUCUAGCCAUAAUUAGACGAGCAAUCAUUUCACAACUACAUCGAUAGUGUUCUAUCAAGACUAAGGAACUAGAGCAAGCAUUUUAGUCUUAUAAGUGAUUGAUAAUAGGUUAAAUACUUUAGUGGUAAUAUCUCUGGUUAUACCACACUAGUUUAAACGGGUUCGAGUCUCAUAGGGAGCACAUGUCCACUCUUUUACUGAAAAUAUAUCUCAUUUUGGUGAAUCCCAACUAGCAUUGAGACUAAGGUCCAAAUAUCUCUACCGACUUGCCUCAGUUACAAACUUACAUUAUUAUGACCUACUAAAGUGUAUAAAGAAUGAUGACGGUUUAAAAUACGUACAUGAACAAGUAUCGAAGAAAAAAAAGAUGUUACAAAACGAAUCAUCGUUGUAGAUAUUUAUCGUUUUAAAACUUACCACAUGUCAAAAUCGUGAAAUUCGAAUUAUACCAUUCUAUGUUUACUUUGAAUUCCUCAUUAUUUCAGUUGUCUGAUUUGUUCAUUUGUUUCAUCGAACUUUAGCCAGCAUAAUUACACAUUAACCAUGACAGAAAAAAGCAUUUUCAAUCAGUAAUUAACUAUCUUUAACAUCAUCGUUAUCAUUAUUUGGGGAAAAUCGAUAUUUAUUUCUCAAUUGUGUGGUCUCUUAUUUUAAUUUUCGGUGAAAUUAGUUCCUUGUGGGUCUUGAAUUAGAACUGCAAGAAUAUUUAAAAUGGGUUGGUUGCAGUUAGUUUAGAGGAAAAAUUCCUUAAAUCGGGUUUCGUGCUAGUUAGCACUCAUCAGUAGAGGCGUACCUUCUAUUGUAAGGGAACGGAUACUCCUUGUGAUACUCAUACCCGCAUCACCGGGUUUCUUAAUUUGAUAAGUUGUGGCCAACAUUCUGUAAAAAAUGUUUUCGCCCUUGAACGAUCACUGAGGGCAGCAGAGUCACGGCUGAUCAAAUUCUACCGAUCAUGUUGCAAUAUAGUCGCUAGUCUUAUCAUUAAAUAUGUGGUCGAGUUGUUUAAUUAGACAACUCACAGCUAUUGGAUUACAAGUUUGAUUACCGCUCUAUUAACUUUGAUCCGAUAAUACAAUGAACGCCCCAGAUACAUCUAUACGACUCAUUCAACUAAACGUUUCCGGUGUUUGAAAUUGAACUUGGUUGUCUGAUUCCAAUGAAUCGAUGUUCAGUUCUAAUUAUCUAUUCAUUCGAUUAAUGUCAAAUGUCAGCGUUCUGACGAACUAAAUCGAUCACUUUAUACUUACCUAUGUCAUAGUCUUCAGCAUUGACAAGAUCUUCUUGACCAUAUUCAGUGUAUUCACUAGGCGCCUGAUUGUUUGUUGAUCGCCAUGUGCGGUCAGUAAUAAGAUUUGCUUAGCGAACGUUUUAUAAAUCCACCAUCAAAAACUCUGAUUUCAGUUCAUCAAAUAUUCCCAUUAAAACAUUAAAAAGACAAGCUGAGCUAAGCAAUAUUUCUUUUCAAUGAGUUCUUCAUGGCUAUACUCCAAUAUAUAUAGCUUUUACAAUUAAAUAUGAAAUCAAUGCCAGGUAAAUAGUGUUGGAUCGAUUUAAUGAUAUAAUAGUUUGUUAGUAAAACAAGGUCUGGAAAAUUAAGAUGAAUUUUCGUGAUCGCUUAGUUAUCACAACUAGUUACUGAAGCGUAAGUAUGUAAAUUUGAGAUAUAAGUGUUUUUUUUGUGUUAUGUGUAAGAGUAAUAAUAAACUAUUCGUAAAAUGGGUUCAAUGAUAGUUAGAUAAUCAUAUUGUGCCCUGUGUCCUAUUGAUGUAUAAGGCCAAUUGGAGAACAGUGAACCAUCCACCGGACCAAUGACGCAUAAAACAAGUACGAGCAGUCUAGAGUCCUUAUCGGUCCUGCUUCCCACCUAGCCCUGUCUGUAAAGUCUAGAACACCAAUCCCAGCCUCUGCGAUAUUAAUAGUUUACUUCAAACAUACUGGGUUUAUAUACCAACCAAACAGAUUACAUCGUACCAUAAAAUAGAAAAUAACAUUUGUACAAGAUUUAGCCAAAAAUUGGCUGUGAGUGUGGGGGGCAGUAAUUGAUAGACCAGGUAGAACUCAUGAAUGGUAAAUCGUAUAAUAAAAGUCCAUAAGUCAAAAUGAAGCUUAUGAUAAGAGGAACACGAAUAUGAAUAAUUUAGUUACUUAACAGUUAUACGAUAGAAAUGUAUGUAUAGUAUUAGUCCAGUAAUAUAUCCCAACAGUUACCAUUCAUUAUUCAUAUCGGGAUAUAAUACAUUAAUAAAUAGAUGAGGUAAGAUUAAAAUUAGAAAUUAAAUUUUGAAAAAAUUAAGUUUGUAAAUUUUAAGAAAAGUAAUAGUAACUGAAUAGAAGGCCAAGGUAAACUGAGAGGCUGUAAAAGCAUUUUCUAUAUAGAGAGGUUCAGUUUAUUGAUGUGUAUUUCUAUGGCUUCUGCUAUAUGUAAAGGCUGAAUUCUAAAUACACAGGGUAAGUUCGUUAUGAUUCUAUAGAUAAUUUUAAAAGAUGAGUUUAUGUCGACGUGGUGAGCAGUAUCAACCAGAAGCUCCAAAAUAGAGCUUCUUAUCGUUUAGUUCUGUCCUUUGGUUAAUCAUGAUGGCUGAUGUUCAGAAAUACGAUUGUGUUUGCAUUAUUUUACGCCCAACAUAACUGGUUUCACAAGAGCAGUUAAACUUGUAAAUACUCAAAGGGGGUUGGACUAGGUUAUAUUCUCUUCAUUCCGUGAGCUCAUUAUUGGGAUGACUAAAGAAAGGAAAUCAUGAUCUUGCUGUAUUCAUUGUACGUUCUACGGUUUCCAUUAUGAUUAUAGUGAAUUAGAUUUGUUUUUGUUUAAUGACUUUUAGGUUAGAGGUUAGGCGUUCGCACGCGAUAUCGAAGGUUUUGGGUUUGAAUCCCGCGUGCAAGAUCGUUGCUGCGCACUACUGAGGACGAAACGGCUGUCCAGUGCUUUCAGGUUUUCAAUAGUGGUCUAACAUCGAUCAACUCAUGAUCUCAAUCAAAAACUUAACCGAUUCAAUUGAAUUAUUUUAGUGGUUUGUUUAUUUUUAAAUGAAUAGCUUGUCAUAUUUUAUUUAGAAGAGCAUCUAAAUUAUUUGUUUUUCAUUGAUAAUAUCUUUCUUUUUUUCUGAGACUUUACCAUUUGUACACAUUAAUCUGUUUAUUUUUCAUCUAGAGAAUUACGUAACGAUGUAAGGAAACGUCAUCAAGGACAUGUAUAUGAGAAUCGUUUAAAUAUUUUGUCAAAUUCAGCACCUUUAGAAUAUAUCCCAUCAAAAGGAUCGAAAUUAUGUAGUAAAGAACAAUUCAUAUUGUGGAUAUUUUAGAACUGAUUGGGUAUAAGAUAUUUUCUGUAGUUCCAAUUCAAAGUUCUUAUAUGAUAUAUUUGUCGCGACUUGAGUAUCCAUGUUCAGAUUAAGAAUGAAAUACAGUGCAAUUACCUAGUCCAAAUUGCCAAACCAGAACAAAUGAAGGAAUGGCUGCACACUGAUCUGUUUUAUUCAGUAACUACAACAAAUUUCAAUUACUAGUACAGUGAAGGUUGUUUAGGAGCAAUGUUAUAUAUAACUUUCUGAAUAACACUAAUAAAAAUAAAUCUCAUUCAUGCUUUUGCUGAAUAUUCUCACUGACCUUGAAUUCAAGUUGCGGACCGUAAACACCAGAUAUAACACUGGCUACAAUCAGAGCCAUAAAUAUGGUAUUCAGUUAAAAAUGGAACUUUGGCACGGUUGGAUAAGAUCAAUAGUAUCAGCACUUCAGCUCCCUUGACAAUAUUCAUAAAUAAGAUACAAGAACUUGUUAUAAAUUUAUGGGACAUUUUUCCCCGAUCAUCUCUUUGAAUUAAUAAAUCAUAAUCUAAAGAUAUUUAUUGAAUAUUCAGAUAUAUCUAUUAUGAAGUUUUGGAAUUUAUCGAUUAUACAAGUCUGGAGUCUACGGGCGAUUUACUCGCUUAUACGCAGUGAACUACCAAAGCCUCACUUUGAUUUUCGAUUGAACGUUCAGUAUUAAGUAAUAUUUCGAAUAAAUUGACAAACAGUUCUGUAAUGAAAUGAUUUAUUGGUAUACAUUAACUAAUCAACAUGGAAAUCUUUGAAAAUAUGCAUAUUUCUAUGAUAAAUCACUAGCAUACCUAGCCUUCUGAACGUGUGUUUCUUCAUUAGCUAAGGUUUGUUCAAGAAACGAAAAUCUAACAGGAGUGAAACAGCUGUUUCACCUUAGCUUGUAACUCAGUCGCUCGAACGAUAACUUCACACAAGUUUAAAAUUCAAGCCUCGCGGAGAUCACCAUACUUUUAAAUUACUGUACUGGGAUUCAGUUCUGAAACCAACUGAAGGGGAAUUUGAUAAGAUGUAAUAUUUAAAUAUAAACUUGACUGAUAAGAUUCGAGAAUACAGACGAAUAUGGAACUCGUUACUUCUAAUUAGUAAUCUAAUGUAAAUAUCUCAGUCCUAUGAUAGGUCACUCGCUGCCCAAAUGGCACAGUGGUAAAAUAGAAUGUGGAACUUAGUGACUGAGUUUGUAAUCCUAAAGAGAGCAUCUAUUGUAUCGAGAUUUUAGGUAGACCUUGUUGAUCAAUGUCAACUAACACGAAACCUAGAUUCAGGGUUUCCAGUAGACUACCUUCAACCACUUAACAUCAAGCUUAAAAGUAAUCUGGCCAUGGAAGUGUGCUCAUCUGUGUUAAUAAUAAAGAUAAUCAUCUUUGUUCAUUUGAGUAAAAUUGCUCAUAUGAUAUAUGGUAAAUUAGCAACUCAACCAUCAAAUAUUUUUGCUAUUUCAUUCUAUUUACUGUGCACUUAAUGUGUACUCAUCGUUAAAUCAAUAAAUGUGACCUUGAAAACAAAUAAUACAUAAUUCUAACUGCUCUCUUUAUUUUAACUACACGAAGUUUGACACAUGGAUGUUGAAUAACUGACUUCGAGAUUAAUAAUACGUAUUGAUUUCUAAAAGUAUUUUACCACGGAAGAAAGCAAAAUAAUUUAUCUUAUUUUAAAGAAUUACAUCAGAGUAUUAACGUAAUAGUGGUUUAUUAGUAGUAGGUGAAGCAUUUGGAUUUUAACUAGUAGGUUGCGGUUUCGAACCUCCAUCCUACGUACUUCAUUUUAUCUAGCUGCUUAGUGUUCUAGUUUUCAUAUAAACUAUGUAGUUCAAAGCUAUUUAUGAAAAUUUGUCCUUGAUAAAUGAGCUACAUCAGUGGACUAUAUCUCGAAAUAUUAUAUGCAUUAUAUGUUUGCGUCAAAUACACAGUUUUUAAAAGAUCAUAAUUUGAUUGUGUAAACAUUCACCACCAGAUAGUAUUUAAGUGACUUUUUUGAACAGGAAGAUAAUCGAUAUCUAAAUUUAUUUUGACUAAUUACUAUUGUUAUAUUUAAAAACUUCGACUCAUGUAAGUGUAGACACCAAGCAGCAAUUCAUUUAGGAAUUUCUCAUCACAAACAGAAUUUGGUUACGUAAUCAUUUAAGCUGGUAAACGCCGGGGCCUAAAAGUCCCAGAUUUGAUCCUUAGUGGAGUGGUAGGUACGCACAUCAAAAGAGUUUCAUACUAGCACGAGACAUCCAGUGUUCCUCAGUUCCCAGAAGGUACCAUAUAAUAGAUCAUAUGUCUAUUUGAAUAGCCACCGCUUGAACUUAGAACAGGAAAACAGACAUAAAAAUUACAAUAAGCUUUACUACUAAGGUUAGUCUAUGUACAGAAAGCAAGGGUAUUUAUAACACAAUAUGUGACUUUGGGUUUGUAGAAGCUUCUGAGAAGCGUGCUAAACCUGGUAACAAAUUGUUAUUUAUUCAGUCAGAUAUAGGUAACAAAAUCCAUCGAUUUUAAAAUCUUUAUGGAAGUUUUCACAGAACUGAUCAAUGCAAGUACUUUCCGUCUUUUUCCGGGUAUCUGUAGACAUUUUAAAAGUAUUAUCUAGGUUUUCUAACAGUCCUUAUCAUGUUAUGUUAUAUAGGCUCGGAAGUAACAUUUAUAUCACUUAGCAUAUAAGGUGAUCUAAUCAAACGUGUGGAUCACCUAAUUUUAGGUGUGACAACAUUUCAGUUAACCUAUUAUUCUCCAUUUCCUUGGACAGAAUAACUAUAUAUCACAAUUGUAUGUACUCAUGAGAUAUUCUAAUAGGCUUAAAAGUUAUUAUUAUUAUUACUAUGGAUAUUGGAAAACUCAAAUGUAAGCACAACAAGAUACGAGUACACUGGAAUUCAUACAACUUAUGUAUGAUCUCUAUUGAAAAAGUUAUUGUAUCUACUGAACUGGUAGAAAACAUUCUGAAUUGAAGUUGGAUGGCAGUUGAUGACUAUUGGAAACAUGCGUAAAAUAUGUUAUUGAUGAAUUUCAACUUUGAAUGCCUUUUAGACGGAAAAUCGUUGCGUUUUUUCACAACUGAUGCUGGGGAUUUUAACUUUGACAAAGUUUAUGGUACAAGUGGUUUAUGGAGAUGGUAGUGUUUUAACAGUUGAAAUCACAAACUGGUCCCAGCCAGACCACUAUUUAAAACUCAGAAGCACUGGACGGCCGUUUUUUUAGUACGGUACUCCUCGACAGUGCUCAUCCUUAAUCCGCAAACGGGCAUCGAACACAUGACCGGUCUUGCGCGCGAAUGCUUAACCUCUAGACCACUGAGCACGAAUCCAUUGGUGUCAAUGUCUAUUUGUUCUUCUUAUUAAUAUUAAAUCAUAUGCUUUGUUUUUCUUUAAUGAACACAGACAAUCAAUCAUUCACUGUACUCUUGUCACCUGAUCGUAAGUCGCUUCUUAUAAGAGACACAAACCAGAACAUAAGAGAAAUAUGUAAGUUACUAUCGUCAGUUUAUUUAGACACUGUGUAGUUAAUAUUUUACACUAUUUUCUUCAGUUCUAAUAUGAUUGUAAUUGUAAUGAAAAUCCAAAAUAGGUCGAUCAGCUUAGUCAGAUGAUCUUUAAUUUAAAAUUGAUGAGAAUCUGUGUUCCUAAAUUCUAUACCUAUAUUAGAACAAAUACACCAGUAAAACAGCUAUGUUUGAGAUAUCAUGUUAUCACCUAGGUAUCAGUGGACGGAACAUAAACCAGCAACGCAAUAAAAGGACUAUUCUAAGCUGUUCCUCCGUUCCUCUGCUUAUCUAACUAGAGGAAGAAGACCAGAGUCAGCAGGGAAAAUAUAUAAGCAAAUACUAUGACGAAAAGCUGUUUAGGAGUCAACGAUAAUUUAGAUAUUAAGAAACAAUUCCAUUUUUAACAUUUCUUUUUGUACAUCUUCAAAAGGAAUAGAUUUAUUUGGAUAUUGAGUUGCAUUAUAUCGCUUAUGGUGAAUGCUAUCAUGUUCAGAAUAUGUUGGAUUCUCAAGAAAUAGUUACACUACUUAAAAGCUGGUUAGUAGGGUUGUGAGCAACUAAGCGUGCGGAAUUUUCUGCGUAAAAUGUAUAUUUUUCACUAAACCUCAAUAUCGAACAAUCUCUCUGAUCGAUAUUCUUAGUAUGUGGAACAUAUAAUGUGAACUAAUUCGUGUAUAUAUAUUCCACCAUGUAAUUAUUAAUAAUUUAAUUAGAAGUUCAACAGUAAUCAUACUAUUUAUUUCUUUUUUUAUCCAAAGGGCAACUAAACUGUAUUAGUCGAGUAUCUUUGGGUAUAACUGAGAAAGUGAAAAAAAAUCCGGAACGUACAUUACUCUUUCAAGUGGAAUUAUCCGAUAUUCCAAAUCAAGAUGAUCCCAAUGAAUCGACAAGUAAUAAAUCACGUUGUUUUCGAGUUAUCUUACUAGCCAGAUCAAUAACUGAAUAUAAUUAUUGGUUAGAUGGAUUAUUUUUAUUAAAUAAAUUAAAUAAUCCAAGUGAUUAUUACAAUGAAGAUGUGGAGCGUUUAACUGAACUAGACAUGUGUAUACGUCUUUCAAGUUUAGAUUUAAAUCAGUUGCCAAAAAGAGAAAUCUCCAUGCCUACAGAUCCACCACCACCUUUGGAUUUUAUUUAAUUUUAUUAUCCUCUUUUUUUUCUUCUUUCAAUAUUCUUUGUGUAAUUAUCCACCUUGAUUUUAAAUAAUUUUGGAUUGAUAGAUUAUAUUGUUCACUUAUUUCAUUGUUUGAACAUUCAAUAAAUGAAGGUACAUGUAAAUCGAUUAUUUACCACCCAAUCAUUAAUAACUGUGUACGAAAUUUAUCUCACUUUAUUUUCAGCUUAUUUUAAGUAGAAACAAAUUGAAUUAUCUCAUUAUAAUUUCUAUUAUAAUUUCUUAAUUAUGUAUAGUGGAAGUUUAAUUAUUCAAGUUUUAAUUCAUAUUGUUUGUUUAAGUUUUCUAGAGACCUGAAAAGAAUCUUUCUGUCUAUUCACUUUAUUAUAAUUCUUUCAGGUUAUUACUAACAGUAUUUUAAUCAAUAUUAUUUCCGAUAUUCAUAUACGUUUUGCUUACGAAUCAUCAGUAAUUUUGAAGUAGAUUACUGAAAUCUUGUAAUUUUCAAUAAUAUGAUCAUCAUCAUCAUCAACGUCACCCUGUUUGUACUCUGCAUAAUAUCAUGACUAAUCGCCCUUUUUCUGUUAGAUCUUUAGAUCAUUAUCAUCAAUUGGUAUUUACCUUCUAUCUAUAUAUAACAUCUUGGAUUGAUUCUUAUCAAUAAGUGAUAAUUAAUAAGCAAGAUGCAGAAACAAUCGUUCUGCUAUUAUUUUCCCCUUAUUUUUUCUGUUUGUACACACAAAACGAAAUGUACAGACAGUGAAAUAAACUUAGCCACAAUUGAUUGUUUUACCUCAAAAACAAUAUCUAUUCUUUGUGUGAAAUCAAAUAUUGUUAUUUUUCUCGAUUAAAAUAAGUCGACUGCUUAGAUUAACUCUGUAAUAAAUUAUCUCGAGUGGUG